UGGGUUGUGGAACAAACCACCCUUACGACAAAAAUCACAAAACCCGUCAAACACCAAACCGCACACAUCCCUAUGAACCCCAUAGCUCAGUCUUUGGUCAUUUAAUCCCGAUUCCAGUUCAGAUUCUCUUCAUUCAAAUUCUCAAUCCCACCCUCUUCUCUUUCCUCUUCCUAUUUGUGAUUGUGAAAGUGAAAAUUCCAUAAUGCCACUAUUUAUUCCUCAUUCUCUGUGCCAGUUUUUUCCAUUGAUCGUUGCCACAUUGUGAUUCAGACUCAUCAGUUCUUCAUUUUCAUUUUUCUAUUUCGGGUUUUUGCUUGGGGGAAGAUCACUGGGAUUUUGGAUGUAUAUGUUUUCAAUCAUUGCUCAUUGUUAUGCAACGAUCAUAACGUGUGAAGUUUGAGGUUUUCUCCUGGUGGCUUCAUCUGGGUGUCUAGUAUUUUAAUGGUUUAUUCCUUUAUCAUUGUCAUAUAUUAAUUCACCCAUUGAAAAUUCUCGACCUUUUAAGGUUUUCCUUGGUGGGUUCACGUUCAUCUGCGUUUAUUGGUGCUCUAAUCAAAUUCCUGCAUUCAUAUCGUAAAGUCUUGAUUUUCUUGAAUCUUUGAACUUUUUGGAGUUGUGGAGACAAUCAGAAGAUCUAUAGAACAGCUGAAGCAAGGCAUGUUAUAGUUGGUACAAUGGGACUGUCUAUGUUCUUUGUGAUCUGCAUUCUCCACUCCCUGAUCGCAAUAACGAGUGGAUCUUUGAUAAUGUUCUAUCUUAACGAGAUCUAUAUUUUUGCUCAUGGUGUUGAAACGGCUCAAAAGCUUUCAGGGUCAACCCCACAUGAUAAAUUGCUGAUUCAGACAUCCAAUUCUUUUGUUGGUUUGCUUCUCUUUGUAGUUGGGUUCUUGGUGUUCAUGGUAGCGUUUGUCAAGGAUAAAAAAUUCCAGAGCUUUUUCGCCAAAGGUUGUGUACUUCUUCACUUAUCAAUGGCUCUUUGGAGGGUUAAUUUUGAGAGAAGGUUAGAGGAUUUAUCUUGGGAUUGGCCGAGACAAGUAGUUGGUGAUUUUGUGUUGGCUCUUUCUUGGGUGUUCUUUUUAUUGUAUACUUGGAAGGAGAAGUAUGAUUAGCCUGAAUUUGAGCGCAAAUGAAUUCAAGUGGGCAGUGACAAAUGACAAUGUGACAUUACUGAAUAGAGUUGUUUGUUUCAAUUUGGAUGUCUUCAUGAAGGCUGGUAUCAAAUCACGAAAGAUUUCAUGUUGCUUGAAGCAGGGUGUUUGAAAAGGUGCAAUUACUUGCAAGAUCGGAGAUGAAUAUUCAAAAGGAGAGGUUGCAGCAUCUAUGCAUAUGGAUAUUGAGGUUACUACGUUUCCAGAAAGCCUGUUGAUUGUUGUGGUAAGAACUAGAUGCCCUUGUACCUGUCUGUUUGCAAUCACUUUGUAACUGUGCUAUGGUGCUUACUUAUCCAUGCAUCUUGCCUAGGGCAAAAUUUUGACAAACACAUUCUCAUAUUGAUACGGUGGUCUUAAAUGUUAAUCUGGAAUGAGUUUCGAAGUUGCGAGUGCUUGAGAUGAUUUACAUGUAAUUUGAAUAAACCAUUCCUUGAAUGGAAAUGUUCUCCGUUGACCUUAA